UUUUAUUAUCACCAAUUAUCCAGCGAUUAAACAUAACACGAGCAGAUUUUUUCCCAAUUUCCCAUGGCUUCCGAGAAUCUCAUUAGUUCAUAGUAAACUUUUCAGUCAGCUCGUGAAAAUCCAUCGCUAUGUCUGCAAUUCCUCUGAAUCGGAUUGCCCAAUAGAUCCUCAUUCCGCCAUGGAAACUCCUUACCCGAUCCCCGUCACUCCCACAAAAACUCGCAUCGGAUGGAUCGGCAUAGGAGUGAUGGGCGCCGCCAUGGCCACUCGACUCCUCUCCGCAGGAUACUCCGUCGCAAUCUACGCUCGUACCCCUUCUAAGGCUCUUGAUUUGCAAUCCAAAGGGGCCCGUCUUCUCAAUUCCGCAGUUGAAGUAGCUCGGACCAGCGAUGUUGUUUUCACUAUGGUGGGUCACCCAUCAGAUGUUCGACAAAAUGUCUUGGAGAACAACGGGCUCCUGCAAGGCCUCAACCCUGGUGGCGUAGUUGUUGACACGACCAGCAGCCACCCAGCCCUUGCCCGCGAGAUAUUUGCCGCUGCUCGUGCAAAAGAUUGUUGGGCUGUCGAUGCACCAGUGUCUGGGGGCGACAUUGGUGCUAGAGAUGGAAAGUUAGCCAUUUUUGCGGGGGGUGAUGCAGGGGUAGUGAAGUGGUUAGCACCUCUCUUUGAAAUAUUGGGAAAAGUUACCCAUGUGGGUGAAUCUGGGUGUGGGCAAAGCUGCAAGAUAGCUAACCAGAUAACGAUUGGGGCGAAUCUGAUGGGGCUGAGCGAAGGGCUGGUGUUUGCAGAGCGGGCCGGGUUGGACUUGAAGCAGUUUGUGGAAGCUGUGAGGGGAGGGGCAGCAGGGUCAAUGGCGAUGGAGUUGUUUGGGGAGAGGAUGAUAAGAAGGGACUUUAGGCCUGGUGGAUUUGCUGAGUAUAUGGUGAAGGAUUUGGGGAUGGGUGUGGAUGUUGUGGAAGAAGGUGAGGAUGAGAGGAUUGCAGUGUUGCCAGGGGCUGCAUUGGCCAAGCAAUUGUUCUCUGCAAUGGUGGCAAAUGGAGAUGGAAAAUUUGGCACUCAAGGGCUGAUCUCUGUUAUCGAGAGGCUUAAUGGCAAGUAAAUGAAGGUAUGAAACACUUCUUUAUUGCUUGAUUUGUGCACUUUGGAUUGAGAAAUGGAGAAGAGGCUUCAUGGCAAGUAAGUGAAGGUACGGAAGAACUCUUUUUUGCUUGUUUUGUGCUCUUGAGAAUUGAGAGAUGGACAAUUUGGCACUUUAUGGAUGAUCUCUGUUAUUCAGAGGGUUAAUGUUAAGGAAGUGGAGCCAUGAGAGAGCUCUUUAUUGCUUGUUUGGUGCACUAGGGAUCGAGAGGCUUAGGAUUGAAAGUCGAAUCUGUGUCUGUUAUGUUACUCUUUUCUUCUGGUCAAUGAUUUCGUCAGUAGUUUGAUGUUGUUAAUGCUUUAGAAACAACUUGAUUGUCACAGCUUGUGAAAAUGAAGGAAUUAGGCUUUCCUCUGUAUGAUCGAUCCAACCUUAAUGCCAUGAACAGUUUGGAAUUACCCAUUUCAAUAUUAUUAGUUCAUGUUUUUGUUGGGUUCUGA